AUGUUUUUGUUGUGUGUUCGUUUUGAAGCAAGAGAGUUUGUAAUAGGCGGUGAAAAUAAUUUAUGGGCAGUUCCAUCUUCUGUUGACGAGUUCAACAAAUGGGCUGAGAAAACUCGUUUUCAGAUUAGGGAUUCUUUAGUUCUGAAGUAUGAUUCCAAGACUGAUUCAGUGCUGGAAAUGACCAAGGAAGACAACAAAAUUUGCAACAACGCCAAUCCAAUAAAAUCACACCAUGAUGGAGAAACUACAAUUUCACUAGAAAAAUCAGCGACUAAUCUACAGAGCGCAGCCACCUUCUUCUCAUCAUCACCUUCGCCACUACCAUGCACCGGUGCUAGCCUCGACUAA